UUUCAGAAUACGUUGAUAACAACAUAAAACUAGUCCUGUAGCUCGAGUCGUCUGAAUUAGUUGCAUUUCAAACGCGGUUUCGGGAAGAUCGCAAUGCUGAUUAAAACGUGUACGUUGUUCAAAUUCCAUAGCGAUUCGGAUUCAGUGCAAAAGAUGUCUACUAAACGGAAUUCGAUUUUAGUAUCAUUCACAACUUUAGUUUUGAUUUUAUUGCAAACGAUUAUUCAAGUGAACGCCCUCGUUGAUGAUAGCUCGAAAGGAAGGCGAUUUAUCUGCCAUUACACGACAUGGUCCCGCACGCGGCAGGGUGAGAAGGCCUACACGAUCGAGGACAUUCCAGGAGAUUUGUGUUCUCAUGUAGUGUACAACUUCGUUGCCGUACACGAAAGUACGUACGAAGUGACGGCAAUGCAACCCGAUUUCGAUAUUGAAGAAAAUGGUUUCCGACGUUUCGCCGCGUUGAAAGAUAAGUUUCCGAACCUGAAACUGUUGGCUGCCAUUGGCGGUUGGGGUCAUGGCGGCGAAAAGUUCAGCAAGAUGACUGAGACACGUGAUCGACGGAAACGGUUUGUGGCAAGUGCUGUGAAAUUCUUACAUAAAUAUGGCUUUGAUGGGUUAGAGGUUGUCUGGCUGUAUCCGGGAAAUUUUGAGCGCGGCGGCAGCGCUAAUGACAAGGACAAUUUCUACUAUCUAAUCCGGGAGCUGCAGAAGGCCUUCUCCGACGCUAACCGGGGGUGGGAGGUUAGUGUGCAAGUCCCAGCGGAUAAAUCGCGGCUCGAUGUCGGUUACCAGAUCGAUGCGCUUUGCGAGGUUGCAGAUUUUAUUCAUGUUAUCGGCUAUGAUUUACGCGGCUGGUGGAAUAAUUUUGCAGAUGUGCAUAGCCCAAUGGCGGAUCGCUCACACGAUGAAGGUAAUUUCGUAGGGCUAAAUGUUCAAAAUGGAGUCAACCAUUGGUUACAUGGAGGUUGCCUGCCUAGUAAAGUAGUGCUUGGCGUCCCGCUGUUCGGUCGAACAUAUCUGUUGGAUACACCGGAAGGCAACAGUGUGGGAUCCCCAACUAUAGGCGCAGGAUCCGCUGGCGAAUACACAAACGAACCAGGAUACCUUGGCUAUUGUGAAAUCUGCCCGUUGCUGCCUCAGAUGACAUUGCAGUGGGAUGAGAUGGCACAAUGUCCAUAUGCAUUUAACAAAGUUGAGUGGAUUGGAUACGAGGAUGAAAGAUCACUGAGAGCAAAAAUCGACUGGGCAGUGCAAAACCGUCUGGCUGGAAUAUAUGCUUUCUCACUUGAUUUGGACGACUAUCGCGGUACUUGUGGAAAAGCAUAUCCAUUGACUAGACUUAUUUCAAAAUACUACGAAGAAACUAAGAAGGAUACUUUGGUCACGUGGCCCAGAGAAAACACAAAAGUGUGAUUAUAAUAAUUAUUAGAUAUAUCAUAUUUCAUUCGAUGUACUUAUGGCUUACAGCAUUAAUGUAACUCCUGUUUUAUGUCAGACUUGGUAUUUAUUUUCUUCAUCUUUAUUGCAUGUAGAUUAAAACACAAUGAAAAUA